AUGUCGUAUCUCAGAAGCGCGGCCGUCUCCAAGCUUAUUUUCCAAGCUUCUUCUCCAAGCACCUUCUCCAAGCACCUUCUCCAAGUUCCUUCUCCAAGCACCUUCUCCAAGCACCUUCUCCAAGCACCUUCUCCAAGCACCUUCUCCAAGCACCUUCUCCAAGUUCCUUCUCCAAGCUUCUUCUCCAAGCACCUUCUCCAAGUUCCUUCCCCAAGCACCUUCUCCAAGCUCCUUCUCCAAGCUCCUUCUCCAAGCUCCUUCUCCAAGCUCCUUCUCCAAGCACCUUCUCCAAGCACCUUCUCCAAGCUCCUUCUCCAAGCUCCUUCUCCAAGCUCCUUCUCCAAGCACCUUCUCCAAGCACCUUCUCCAAGCACCUUCUCCAAGCACCUUCUCCAAGCACCUUCUCCAAGCUCCUUCUCCAAGCUCCUUCUCCAAGCACCUUCUCCAAGCACCUUCUCCAAGCACCUUCUCCAAGCUCCUUCACCAAGCACCUUCUCCAAGCACCUUCUCCAAGUUCCUUCUCCAAGCUUCUUCUCCAAGCACCUUCUCCAAGUUCCUUCCCCAAGCACCUUCUCCAAGCUCCUUCUCCAAGCUCCUUCUCCAAGCUCCUUCUCCAAGCUCCUUCUCCAAGCACCUUCUCCAAGCACCUUCUCCAAGCUCCUUCUCCAAGCUCCUUCUCCAAGCUCCUUCUCCAAGCACCUUCUCCAAGCACCUUCUCCAAGCACCUUCUCCAAGCACCUUCUCCAAGCUCCUUCUCCAAACUCCUUCUCCAAGCUCCUUCUCCAAGCUCCUUCUCCAAGCACCUUCUCCAAGCACCUUCUCCAAGCUCCUUCUCCAAGCACCUUCUCCAAGCACCUUCUCCAAGCAACUACCCCAAGCAACUACCCCAAGCAACUACCCCAAGCAACUACCCCAAGCACCUACCCCAAGCACCUACCCCAAGCACCUACCCCAAGCAACUACCCCAAGCAACUACCCCAAGCACCUACCCCAAGCACCUACCCCAAGCACCUACCCCAAGCAACUACCCCAAGCAACUACCCCAAGCAACUACCCCAAGCAACUACCCCAAGCAACUACCCCAAGCACCUACCCCAAGCACCUACCCCAAGCAACUACCCCAAGCAACUACCCCAAGCAACUACCCCAAGCACCUACCCCAAGCACCUACCCCAAGCAACUACCCCAAGCACCUACCCCAAGCAACUACCCCAAGCACCUACCCCAAGCACCUACCCCAAGCACCUACCCCAAGCAACUACCCCAAGCACCUACCCCAAGCACCUACCCCAAGCAACUACCCCAAGCACCUACCCCAAGCACCUACCCCAAGCACCUACCCCAAGCAACUACCCCAAGCACCUACCCCAAGCACCUACCCCAAGCAACUACCCCAAGCACCUACCCCAAUCACUCUACAUUGUCAGCUUCUUAUAG